CCUCCAUUGUCUUUGCCUUCAACGCCCUGGUGGCAUCAUCUCGUACUAUUCAUUUCACCUUCAACUCCAUCUUCUUGCUGGAUUCGCUGAGGAACUAAGAGCGGGCCUCUUCACUCGUUUAAAUCAUCAAUUUCUUUAGCAAUAAUGUUCUCCAAGCUUGCAUUCUGUUCCUACCUCGCGUUGUUUUCGCUAGGCUUUGCCAAUGCACUUCCAUCUGGUGAAAACGGCGCUAUCGUUCGUCGCCAAGUAGCAACUUCCUCUGGCCUUGCCAUACCCCCUGCAGUCACCACAACGAUGUCCAUCCAAACUGCAAAUGGUCCGAUGAAUGAGGUCUGCGUCCUCACAUUCACCCCAGUUGGCAAUCAAAUCCAGGAGGUCCAGAAUUGCACCAUGUCGACGGGCGCGAAUGUCGUAUCUAGCAUGGUUUUCAAUUCAGUCUCUUCAGGCAGUGCUGCGCCUACUUCAACCAGCGCUUCUAUGUCUGCAACCCCUACCGUUCAAGCUGCGUUCUCCAUGCCUGGGAGGUCAUUACAGGUGUUACCGGUGGGACUUGGAGUGUUUGGGAGUAUCACGGGUAUCACCAUCAUUAUCGUAGCCUUGGUUACUUUUGAGCGUGUUCGUUAUCGCAGGGUCUUCAGGGAGCGUAGACUAGCCGAGCAGGGUGCUAUGAUGGGUUACACGGGCAACUUAAAUGAUAUUAAGGUCUAGGGUAGGGCGAUUCUACAAAUCCGUCACCUUGGUCUUUUUGUUUCAUCAUCAAUCGGCGGCCAUUAUUCAGCUACAGUUAUCAAGCUGUCAACGUUCUCCGUGCGUUGAAGAUAGUAGCAUCAGCACUGUAGUCCCUGGUGGCAUCUCAGGCUGGUUCACAUGCACUUACUUCGUGCAGAAACUUGAAAGGGAUUUUACUGCAAUGGGAAAAUCUCUACUAGCAACAGCGCCGGCGCCAGCCCCCGACUCGUUUAUUCCUGGCAUGUUUUAUGUCCAUCGAAUUUGAGUUUGCAAGGCCCA